GUCCAUAUUGCUGCAGCCCCCGAGCCGGGAAGCCCGGGCCGCCCCGGGGGCGGGGGGGAGGGAGGGACGGGACGAGAAGCUUGCCAGGCUCGGGGUGGGGGCGCCUUGCGAGGAACGGGCGGGGGGGGACGCGCGCCGAGGAGGCCUGGACCGCAGAGUGGGGGGCCUUCCUCCCCCCCCCCCGCCCCGCCAGCAGGCCUUGGAUUUACGGCGGCUGCAUCCGACCGGGAGGGGGGCCGCGCCUAGCGUGAACCCGGACCCUUCUCCGCAGGCACUGGGGCCCAGCGCCCCGGAGGAAGGAGUCGCGGGGGCUCUAAGAGCCAAGUUCGAGGCGGGGGAGGCAGCCUCGGGCGCGCCCGGCUUCUCCGGGGGGGCGGGCGCGCAGAUGGCCACUCAGGUGGAGCCGCUGCUGCCGGGGGGCACCCCGCUCUUGCAGGCCGAAGAGCACGGGGGGCUGGUGAGGAAGAAGCCGCCGCCGCCGCCGCCCGAGGGCAAGGGCGAGCCCGGGGCGAACGACGUCGGAGGGGGGGAGCCGGACGGCGGCGCCCGGAGACCUCGGCCGCCCUACGCCAAGCCGCACAAGGAGGGCACCGGGCAGCUGGAGCGCGAGAGCCCGCGGCCGCCGCAGCCUCCCGGCGCCGAGGGCCUGGCAAUCAGCGACGGAGAAGAGGGCGGCGGCGAGCCGGGCGCUGGCGGAGGAGCUGCGGGAGCCGCGGGCGCCGGGCGCCGAGACUUCGUGGAGGCCCCUCCGCCCAAGGUGAACCCGUGGACUAAGAACGCGCUGCCGCCGGUCCUGGCCACCGUGAACGGACAGUCUCCUCCAGAACAUUCUGCUCCGGCCAAGGUGGUGAGAGCAGCAGUUCCUAAACAGCGCAAAGGUAGCAAGGUUGGGGACUUUGGAGAUGCAAUCAACUGGCCAACACCUGGAGAGAUAGCCCACAAGAGUGUGCAGCCACAGCCCCAUAAGUCUCAACCUGCCCGAAAGCUGCCACCCAAAAAGGACAUGAAGGAACAGGAGAAAGAGGGGAGCGAUAGUAAGGAGAGCCCGAAAACCAAAUCGGAUGAAUCAGGAGAGGAGAAGAAUGGAGACGAGGACUGUCAGCGAGGGGGGCAGAAGAAGAAAGGGAACAAACACAAGUGGGUUCCGUUGCAAAUAGACAUGAAGCCUGAAGUGCCCAGAGAGAAAUUGGUCUCACGCCCUGCUCGCCCACCAGAGCCACGACACAUAUCUGCCAACCGUGCGGGGGAGAUCAAAGGGUCUGAGCCUACCACCUACGUGCCCGUACCCGUGGCCCCCCCCACCCCAGCCUGGCAACCAGAGACCAAAUCGGAGCCUGCCUGGCACGACCAGGAUGAGACAUCGAGCGUGAAGAGUGAUGGGGCUGGUGGGGCGCGGGCUUCCUUCCGUGGCCGUGGACGGGGGCGUGGUCGCGGCCGGGGACGCGGCCGGGGUGGCUCUCGAACCCACUUUGACUACCAGUUUGGCUACCGAAAGUUUGAUGGUGCAGAGGGGCCCCGCACCCCCAAGUACAUGAACAACAUCACCUACUACUUUGACAACGUUAGCAGCACUGAGCUUUACAGCGUGGACCAGGAGCUGCUCAAAGACUACAUCAAGCGCCAGAUUGAGUACUACUUCAGCGUGGACAAUUUAGAGCGAGACUUCUUCCUGCGACGAAAAAUGGAUGCUGACGGUUUCCUUCCCAUCACACUUAUUGCUUCCUUCCACCGAGUGCAGGCCCUUACCACUGACAUUUCACUCAUCUUUGCGGCACUAAAGGACAGCAAGGUGGUGGAGAUCGUUGAAGAGAAAGUCCGCAGGAGGGAGGAGCCAGAGAAGUGGCCUCUUCCUGGUCCCCCAAUAGUGGAUUAUUCCCAGACUGAUUUCUCCCAGCUUCUCAAUUGCCCAGAGUUUGUGCCACGCCAGCACUACCAGAAGGAGACAGAGUCGGCGCCCGGCUCUCCCCGUGCAGUCACCCCAGUGCCAACCAAAACAGAGGAGGUCAGCAACCUAAAGACACUGCCCAAGGGCCUGUCUGCCAGCCUUCCAGACCUGGAUUCUGAGAAUUGGAUUGAAGUCAAGAAAAGACCUCGGCCCUCCCCUGCACGACUGAAGAAGUCAGAGGAGCCCAGAUUCCUCCACCCGACCUCUCUGCCUCAGCACCUGCCCUCUCAGCAGCUCAUGUCCAAGGAUCAGGAUGAGCAAGAGGAACUGGAUUUCCUGUUUGAUGAGGAAAUGGAGCAGAUGGAUGGGCGGAAGAACACCUUCACUGCCUGGUCUGACGAGGACUCUGACUAUGAGAUUGACGACCGGGAUGUCAACAAGAUCCUCAUUGUCACCCAGACACCACCUUAUAUGCGCCGGCACCCAGGGGGUGACCGCACAGGCAAUCACACCUCGCGUGCCAAGAUGAGUGCCGAGCUGGCCAAGGUUAUUAAUGAUGGCCUCUUCUACUACGAACAGGACCUGUGGACUGAGAAGUUCGAACCCGAGUAUUCCCAGAUCAAGCAAGAGGUCGAGAACUUCAAGAAAGUCAACAUGAUUAGUCGGGAGCAGUUUGACACACUAACCCCUGAGCCCCCUGUGGAUCCCAACCAGGAGGUCCCUCCUGGACCCCCCCGCUUCCAGCAAGUUCCCACUGAUGCCCUGGCCAACAAGCUGUUUGGUGCUCCCGAGCCUUCCACCAUCGCCCGUUCUCUGCCAACCACUGUCCCAGAGUCACCAAACUACCGCAAUGCUAGGACUCCCCGCACGCCCCGGACACCACAGCUCAAAGACUCUAGCCAGACAUCACGGUUUUACCCAGUGGUGAAGGAAGGUCGGACAUUAGAUGCUAAGAUGCCGCGGAAAAGGAAGACAAGACACAGCUCGAACCCGCCGUUAGAGAGUCACGUGGGCUGGGUGAUGGAUUCCCGAGAGCACAGGCCCCGGACUGCUUCCAUCAGCUCCAGCCCCUCAGAAGGCACCCCUGCUGUUGGCAGCUAUGGCUGUACCCCUCAGUCGUUGCCCAAGUUCCAACAUCCUUCCCAUGAGCUGCUCAAGGAAAAUGGCUUCACACAACACGUCUACCACAAGUAUCGUAGGCGCUGCCUUAACGAGCGGAAACGCUUGGGCAUUGGCCAGUCUCAGGAGAUGAACACUCUCUUCCGCUUCUGGUCUUUCUUCCUCCGAGAUCACUUUAACAAGAAGAUGUAUGAGGAAUUCAAGCAGCUGGCUCUGGAGGAUGCCAAAGAAGGCUACAGGUAUGGUUUGGAGUGCCUUUUUCGAUACUAUAGCUAUGGCCUGGAAAAGAAAUUUCGGCUGGACAUUUUCAAGGACUUUGAGGAAGAAACCGUGAAGGACUAUGAAGCUGGCCAACUCUAUGGGCUGGAGAAGUUCUGGGCCUUCUUGAAAUAUUCCAAAGCCAAAAAUUUGGACAUUGACCCCAAACUUCAAGAAUACCUCGGCAAAUUCCGUCGCCUCGAAGACUUCAGAGUAGAUCCCCCCAUGGGUGAGGAGGGCAACCACAAGCGACACCCAGUGGCAUCAGGAGGUGGCAGCGGUGAGGGCAGGAAGCGGUGCCCCUCCCAGUCUUCCAGCAGGCCCUCCACCAUGGUCAGCCAACCCCCCACACCACCUACCGGCCAGCCCACCCGGGAAGAUGCUAAAUGGACAAGCCAGCACUCGGACACACAGACUUUGGGAAAGUGAAAAGCCCCUUAGCUCUAGGGUCUGGGGAGGGAGAAGGGGUGGAGGGAGUAGAUGAAAGUCCAUGGGGUCCCCAGUCCCGGGAGAAGGGACAGAGGAGGGACAGGCCUCGGGUCAUUAGGACGGGCCUUCGUGCUGAGUAGCAGUAUGUACACCAUUUGGGCUAUCAGGUGCCCCUGGGCAGGAGCCUCCGCACAUCCCUUCCCCCUUCUCUCUCCAUGACUCUUCUUCACAUCCUAGCUUCGGGGGGAGGGGAAGGGGGAAAAGUUUUUUUUAUAUAUAUAUACAUAUAUAUAUAUAUAUAUCAAGUUUUAAAUUAUUGAUAGCUCGUCUGGAUUACCAAAAUCACUCUGCAGCCCUGCCCGCGGCUGGUAGGCCGCAACCCACUUCCAGCCGCCUCCUGCUCCCCUUCAAGCCAACUAUGCAGCCCACAAGAAGUCCCUGUGGGGCCCCAUUGCCCAGCACUGUCCCAUGGAAGGCUCUGGCAGCGUCCCUGGACCCCACGAGCACCGGCCCCUGGAUCAUCUGGGGCUUGCCGUCACCGUGUUCUCUCCCUGCCGUCCCCACCACACCCUUCUGCCAUCCUCUGGGAGAAGGAAACCAAAGGAUCUAAAGGGGAGGGGCUCGCUCCACUCCCCUCUCCCCGUGCCCCUUACUCCCCAGCCCAGAAGGACGCUGCUCGUACCAGAAAAGACUAUUGAAAGAUGAUUUAUUUUAUUUUUCUCAGACCUUUCCAUCCUUGGGAAAAUGGGGGGAAAAAAAAAGAUAAAAUCGACCAUAAAAGACCAAAAAAAAAAAAAAGCAUCAGAAAACCCCCACCUAAUCCACAAAAAAAUAUCUUUCCUCUACCCUUGGAUUUAUUUUUUUUUUUAAUUUUUUUUGUUUUGUUUUGUUUUUUUUGUUUGUUCUGGGAAAUAAUAUUUUUUUAAAAGUUGCCUUAUUGUGGAGUGAGAAUCUGAAAUACCCAAAUGCCUGUUUUCCUCGGUGGAGUCAACUUGAAGAGCUCCCACCUUCUCUGGAUGUGCCUGGGCUGGAUUGGCUAGGAUCUUUCUCUGGACUGAGUUGCAUGUACAGUGCCUCCUGCCUGUAGGCAAGAGAGUUGGGAGCGGCUCAGAUCAGAGCCGUGCCUGAAAUAUCCCUGCUGUUGCAUCAUUUGAAGCUGACGUCCUGUGUCUGUACACUGCUGCCACUGUUGUGUCCUCGCUCUGCUUGCUGUUGCCUCACGCCAGGCCCCAUCCUGUCGUGACACCCUUCAUCCUACCCUUGGAACCCCAAGGCCAAGUUUGCUUCAAACUGUUGGAGGACAGCGUUGGCCUGGAUCUGGGGCACACUCAUCCUCAGCUUGACCGUCUCCCCCACCUCAGAGGGGAAAACUGAACACUGGACAGCUGAGGCUUGGAAACAUUUCUAAGUGUUGCCAUGAAAGAUUCUUGAGACCUCAAGGAGGCUUUGUCUCAUAAAAGGUGGAGAAAGAUGCCGUUCUCCCUCGGGCCGGGUGGGUAUGCCCAUCUUGUGUUCCCCCUCCCGCACAAGCCAUUUCUACCCACCCUCCUGUGGACCCUACCUGCGAAGGAGACGAGGAAGCUUUGAGGGUGGGGGCGUCCUGCCAGUUGGAGAAGCCCCUUGGCAGGACGGCGUAUGUGGACAUGGGGUAUCCCCGACUUCUCUUCUCCAGCCACGGAUUGCUUGGCUCGGGCUGUGACUGACAGUGGAUUGGCUGGAGUCUCCUCGCAUCUAAAGCUAGGGAGGGUGACUGAAGACCAACCCUCACAGACUGGGCCACGUGCCAGGUGCAGGUGUGAUGACACAUUUGCCCUGUGGUGGCAGUAGCCAUGCACUCAGAUUUCUUGGCGUUUUUUUCCACUUGCUUCCUCUGUUGGGCCCUGAAGUCGGGAGGAGGAGACAGUAUCUCAGGCUGGCAAGGGCUUGCCCCAUCUUGGGCACUUCAUUUCUUUGGCCGGUGCCCUCCCUGCAUCUCUGUCCUCCCGGUGGUUAGUAUGGGAAAGCCCAUCUCAGUUCCUGUGAGCCAGUUGUCUUGAAAGCCAAGGUUGAGUGACCUCUGCUUUGACAGUGGGGUCUAAGGUCUCUCCCUGCCCAGUCUGGUGCCUGCCCCACAAUGUACCAGACACUGGACUGUUGCACCCCGUCCUCUUUCCCUUCAUUCCAACCCUUUUCCUUUGGGUCUCUCUCAGCCCUGUACUGUAUCCAGCACCACAGAAACCUCAGUGUUUGUCCUCUGUGGGGUUUUGGGGGCACAAGGAAGCCUUGGGGGUGUGGGGGUAAGGCUCUUAUCUAGAGUUUCCUCCCAGGCCUGGGGGCUGCCAUUCUCUGCCUGAUCCUCCCCACAGACACCCAAAAAGAGGCAGCCCCUUUGGGUGGGGAGGUUAGGACUUCAUCUCAAAACAGGCUGAGGAUGGGGGGAGGGGGAGAGUGUUUUUCUUCCUUUUUUUUUUUUUUUUCCUUUUGUAACAUGUUAGGAGUUAUUGUUGCGAAGAGUAGUUUACAUCUUCACUUUCUGAAGACACUUGAAUUUAGGACCGAUGUAUCUGUGACAAGCAUGCCAGGAGUAGCAAGGGCCAUCAGGGCUUGCCACUUCGUACCCACCAUCUUCCAUGGGGAAUCCAAGAUCUGAGCAACAAAGCAACAGCCUGCCUAAAUCCUUCUGUUCAUCCCGUGCCCUCCCAAGAUGGGUCCAUGCCAACACCACUUUUGAGCAUCAAACAUCACAAGGUCUGUACACCUCAGCCGUGCAGAGGGGCAGGUUUCUCUUACUUGCUCCUAAAUCCAGGAGUAAAUGCACUACCAUGUAGAGAAGGGCUGCCCCAGCCUACACCCCCUUGGGCUCAGAUCGAGGUGUGAAGCCCCCAUGUCAAAGUUAAGUUUUUGUUUAGUUUUAGUGUAGCUCUUGUUUUCCCUUUCCUGAUAACUGAUUUAACAAAAGAAAGCUGCUCAAAAAGCCCUGGCAGUGGGGAGGAGGGGCAAGGAGGAAACAACUAGCUGGUGGGGGCGGGUGUUGGGGGCUGGUUGACAGCCUGGGUAGGGUGGUCUGGAUCAUCUGGUGCCCUCCCAAGUGGGACCCCGGAGUAGCUCCUGUGUGGAAGGGUCCCUGGGUUUGCCCCAGCCCCACCCUCUCCUUGAGCCGUGUCGACAGCAGAGGCAGAGAAGAUGAGGAUGCACAGCCCAUUUCUGACUGGAGAGGAAAGCUUGUCAUCUGGCUUUGCGGAGAAGGUUCCACUUAUGCUCAUAGUCCAUUAUCUUUACCGUGCUAGGAUAUCCCAUUUAAAAGGACAAAAACAAUGUAAAAUACUUGAAUGAGCUUGUAUUAUAACAUUAAUAUUAUUGAGAGUAUCUGCUUUCCAGGC